GAAUCGCACUCGGAAUGGCUCGUCUGCUGCAAUCAUUGCGUCGCGUCUUGGGACUGACCCCCUCGAGACCUGUCCCUCGUUAUGCCCGUUCAAUCGACACCAAUUUCUCCUUCUUCCAAGAGGGAGACAGAGUUAUCAUCAAUGGCAAGACGCCGCUGUUAAGCAAGCCUUUGCGGAAGGGCCAGAAGUCGGACACUCGUCGGGGACAAUUGGAGCAUGACAAUAUCAUCGGCCGGAGGGUACGGGAUAUGGUUCAGGCGCGUAAAGGCCCUGAAUACCGACUCUCCCUCCCCACGCUCGAAGAAUACGUUUCCUUGACACCCCGUCUAGUCACGCCGAUCUACUCCGCAGACGCCAAUCUCAUUGUCUCCCUCCUAGACAUUCACAUCAGCCCUCCAGCCGAAGAAACAGACCACCCCCAACCACCCCUAGAAAUCCUCGAAUCCGGCACCGGCCACGGCUCCCUAACCCUCCACCUGGCGCGCGCAAUUCAAGGCGCCAAUUCAAUCCCUCCUCCACUCCCCCACAGCUCCCAAGUCACCUAUCUACCAACCAAGCCUGGAGAGGUAGCAACACGCAAGAUACAGCCCCCCAAAGAUGGCACGACAGAAACAGUCAACCCCGACCAAGAAAACUGGGACGCCUGGCGCUCUCAGCGCAAAGCAAUCAUCCACAGCGUCGACGUGACACCCAAAACAUCCGUCCACGCCGAAAACGUAGUUCGGGGCUUCCGUCGAGGCAUCUAUACCGGAAACGUGGACUUCUACGCCGGCCACGUGGAGGACUGGAUCGCUGAACAGAAGAGACAACGCGCACCGACAGGGCUCCUCUCCUUUAAUAAAAGCGAGGUCGAGCCGUUCCUGUCAUAUGCGAUUCUGGAUAUGCCAUCCGCGCAUUUGCGGAUUCCUCACGUCGCUUCGAUCCUGAAGCGAGACGGCCUUUUGGCCGUGUUCAUGCCCAGCGUGACGCAGAUCGGCGACUGUGUGGAGCUUAUUCGUCGACAGAGACUCCCUCUCGUCCAGGAUAAGGUUGUUGAGCUCGGAAACGGAAUCAGCGGUGGUCGAACGUGGGAUGUCCGGCAUGCGGUGAAGAAGUCCCGUGAGAAUGUAUCCGUGGCUUCUGCAGCUGAAUCCGCCGAGGAGGGUUCUGAUUCCGUGGAGGAGGUCGCUCCCGAGGGCGAGACUCCUGACAGUACGGUCACUGUUCCUGUAUCACCCGAAGAGACCCCCAAGGAAGAAAACAGUGUGCUUGUGUGUCGCCCCAAGGUUGGAUCGCGGAUCGUGGGCGGCGGCUUCGUUGGCAUCUGGAGAAAGAUUGAGGAUACGCGGAAGAGCUGAGCGGAAAGCUUUACUUCUUUCCUUCCUAUUUCUCCAUCUACUCCUCUAUACAUCGGAUACCCAUUUGUACCAUACAUAUCAUACAUACCAUAGACCUACACUCAUGAAUAAACUG